GUCAUUCUCUCCCACCACAUCUUUGUCGCCGUCAUCUUACUCUUCAUGCCCGUCAUCGUCGUGUCGAACAUCCUGGUCUUCUGGGGGAUCUACUUGUACCCGGGGUUCCACACGACAAACAACUACCUGUUGCUGAGCCUGUCCGUCGCCGAUUUCACCAUGGGCGCCUACACCAUCCCCAUGUACGCCCUCAGCUACAUACCGUACACAAAAGAGGCGAUAUUCUGCAACAAGUACGCCUGUCUCGCGUGGUUCGCCUCCAUCAUGACGUCCGGCGCGGGAUCCCUGUACACUCUGCUCUUCAUAUCCAUCGACCGGUACAUCGCCGUGAUGUGGCCCCUGAACUACAACAACUUGGUUACGGGGAAAAGAAUGAUCAAGCUGGUCGUCGGCAUAUGGACGUACACCAUCGCGCAAGCGUUUUUCCCCAUGAUGGGCUACAACAACUACGACCCCAAAGGGAAACCCCUCCCCAUCGUGUGUAACUUCUACACCACUCUGCCGGCGCCCUACGUGAUCUGGGGGUCUUUCGGGACCGUCGGAGGUUGCAUUGGAAUCUCUGCGAUUCUCUAUGCCCAGAUCCUCACUGUGGCGUACAGGCAGAUUUUGAAAUUCCGACAGCAGAACUCCUUUUUAAGUGCCGACCAAAUAAGGCAAUUUGAGCGCCGAGUAAACUCCGUGAAGAUCACAUCUUUCCUGAUGCUGCUCUUCAUAAUUUUAUGGCUUCCCUACGUGCUC